AUGGCAAAGCACGGGGAAAUCGUGCAUAUUAAAGAAAAUAAAAAAAAUGAGAAUACCGAACAAGGACUCAAUUCUACUGAAAAAGAUACUGGAUCAGUUCCUCAUUCUUCCUGUCAAAGUGGAAAGACAAAAUAUCCUGAAGUGAAGGGUGUCCCUGAUAUUGAAACUAAAUUGGAAAAUGCAAGAAAACUGCAUACUGCAUGUGGUAAUGCUCAAUACGAAGUGUGUCAAUAUAUACUCUCGCAGUCUCUCAAUUUAAUAGAGGUUUUGGCUACAAAUGGAUGGAAUACACCACAUUGUGCAGCAAAAGGAGGCGAUGUUCGAAUUUUAAAGCUUUUGGCAGAGAAAGGUCUUCCUGUAACUGAAACCACAAAAAACAAUGAAACAAUUCUGCAUAUUGCAUGUUUACAUGCUAAAUACGAAAUGUGUCAAUACAUACUCUCACAGUUUCCUAAUUUGCUAAAUGUUGUGGAUAUAUAUGGAUGGAAUGAAGCACAUUUUGCAGCUCGAGGAGGCGAUGUCCGAAUUUUGCAGCUUAUGGCAGAUGAAGGUCUUCCUGUAACUAAAACCACAAAGACCAAUGAAACAAUAUUGCAUAUUGCGUGUUUAUAUGCAAAAUACGAAAUGUGUCAAUAUAUACUUUCACAGUAUCCUUAUAUGCUGAAAGUUGUGGAUGCAAAUGAAAGGAAUGCUGCACAUUGUGCAGCAGUAGGAGGGGAUAUUCGAAUUUUACAGCUUUUGGCAAACAAAAGCUUUCCUGUUACUGCAAUCACGAAGACCAAAUACACAAUUCUGCAUAUUGCCUGUUUACACGCUAAAUACCAAUUGUGUCAAUAUAUUUUGUCACAAUAUUCUAACAUACUAGAGGUUGUGGAUACAAAUGGAUGGAAUGCAGCACAUUGUGCAGCUCAAGGAGGCCAUGUUCGAAUUUUACAGCUUUUGGUAGACAACGGCCUUUCUGUAAGCGAAACUACAAAACACAAUUUAACAGUACUGCAUAUUGCCUGUUUGAGUGCCAAAUACGAGAUGUGUGAAUACAUACUUUCACAGUAUCCUAGUUUGCUUAACAUCAUCGAUAAAACUGGAAGGAAUGCAGCACAUUUUGCAGCUCAAGGAGGCGAUAUUCGAAUUUUACAACUUCUGACAGACAAAGGUCUUACUGGAACUGAAAGCAUAAGAAACAAUUCAACAGUACUGCAUAUUGCAUGUGGUGAUGCUAAAUACGAGAUGUGUGAAUAUAUACUCUCAUUGUAUCCUAAUCUGCUAAAAGAAGUGGAUGGAAAUGGAUGGAAUGCAGCACAUUACGCAGCUCAAGGAGGCGAUGUUCGAAUUUUAAAGCUUUUAAAGGACAAAUGUCUUCCAGUGACCAUAUCAGCAACAGACAACAUCAACAUACUGCAUAUUGCAUGUGUACAUGCUAAAUACGAAAUGUGUCAAUAUAUACUCUCACAGUAUCCUAAUAUGCUAAAUGAUGCGGAUAAAAAUGGAUGGAAUGCAGCACAUUUUGCAGCAAAGGGAGGCAAUGUUAACAUUUUCAAGCUUUUGGAAGAGAACGAUCUUCGGAUAACUGGAGGGAGAAGGCAGUAUGGAACAAUUCUACAUAUUGCAUGUCAAAAUGCUAAAUAUCAAAUGUGUAAAUAUAUACUCUCACAGUAUUCUUUUUUGCUAAAUGCUGAGAAUACAAGUGGAUGGAAUGCAGCACAUUGUGCAGCUCAAGGAGGCGAUGUUCGCAUUUUACAGUUUCUGAUCGACAAAGGUGUUAAGAUAUCGCAAACAUCAGAUAAUUAUGUCACAAUAUUGCAUAUUGCAUGUUUUCAUGCUAAAUACGAGAUGUGUCAAUAUAUACUGUCACAAUAUCCUGAUCUUCUCAAUUUUGUUGAAGAAAAUGGAUGGAGUGCAGCGCAUUGUGCAGCAAUGGCAGGCGAUGUUAACAUUUUAAAGCUUUUGGCAGACAAUGGCCUUCCUGUAACUGAAACCAGAGAAUACACUGCAAACAUACUGCAUAUGGCAUGUGGUUAUGCUAAAUACGAAAUGUGUCAAUAUAUACUAUCGCAGUAUCCUAAUAUGCUAAAAGAUGUGGAUGGAAAUGGAUGGAAUGCAGCACAUUACGCAGCUCAAGGAGGCGAUGUUAACAUUUUACAGAUUUUGGCAGACAAAGGUCUUUCUGUAACUGAAACCACAAAAAACAAUGAAACAAUUUUACAUAUUGCAUGUUUACAUGCUAAAUACGAGAUGAGUCAAUAUAUAAUGUCACGUUAUCCCAGAAUUUUAAAUUAUGUCGAUAAUACGGGAAGACAUGCUGCACACUGUGCUCUACAAGGAGGAGAUGUACAUAUAUUACAGCUUCUAAAGGAAAGAAGAGUACAUGUCAAUUUCAAGUGA